GUUGAUGCUCUGACGUCAGUUUGUGUCAACAGCAUGGGUAUAAGAGAGACGAGUGCUCCAAGGUCCCGGAGCUGUUUAUUGAGAGGAGGUCAAGAUGCGCAUUUUGAGUUUCAUCGCCAGCGUGCUCCUGCUGCUGACUUCCCUCAGCUUCCUUCACGGUGCUGAAUGGACGUAUAGUGGACCAACAGGACAGGAUUACUGGAGCAACAAAUACCCUUACUGUGCUGGUCCUUUCCAGUCUCCAAUAGACAUUACGUCAGACCUACUGAGGUUCAGUCCCACUUUACGUCCAAUUGAGGUGCGAAACUACAAACUGUCAUCAAAGGAACAACUCACUCUUAGAAACAAUGGGCACUCUUUGCGACUAUCUUUGCCCCCGACGAUGUACGUCUCCGGCUUGCCAAAUCAAUUCACUGCAGCCCAGCUGCAUCUCCACUGGGGCUCCUCCAAUUGGCCUACAGGAUCUGAACACUUGGUGGACAGCAGGCAGUUUGCAGCAGAGCUACAUAUAGUACAUUACAAUUCGGACAAGUACCCUGACAUUAACACUGCUAUAGACAAAUCUGAUGGUUUGGCGGUGCUGGGUGUCCUCAUUAAGAUUGGAGAUUUCAAUCCUGGCUAUGAACAGAUUCUGAGGUUUAUCAAUGGCGCCAAAUACAAAGAUUUCGAAGUGCAGGUACCUGGUUUUAAUAUUAGAGAACUGCUCCCUGCUAGUAUGGAUGAAUAUUACCGAUAUGAUGGGUCACUGACGACUCCUCCAUGUUUUCCAAGCGUGCUUUGGACAGUUUUUCGAAAUCAUGUCACCAUUUCUCACCAACAGUAUCUGGCUCUAGCAACGUCCCUAAUUGCUUCCAGUGUCCAGAAACCAGAGGUUAUCCCACUGAAUAGCAACUUCAGGAAGCCACAGCCCAUCAACAGCCGUGUUGUCCUGGUCUCUUUCAAGGAAGGCAGAGGACUGCAUGGUAUUCUUACAGUUUCACCUCCAUUCAUGAGGAAGCGAGUUGUUCAGCAGCUGCUGGCUGGCGACCUUGCAGACUUGGCAGAUGAAGGAUUGUAUCAGCUCCUACCGAGUGGUUCACAGGCAGUCCCAGCUGGCAAGAAAAAAGAUCCCAUGAGCCGGCAGAGUGUGACACUGGCCAAACCAAAACACCAAACUAAGAAUCCAUCUCUUUGGAAGAAGAGUCAGACCAACUGCUAUGUGGGAAAGCUGGGAAUGGCUGAAAACACGCUUUGCUACACUUCACUGGAGCAGAGCAUUUCCCAUCAGCUCAAACAGUCCCAAGUGGGGAAUGAGUUGGUUGAAGCUCUCAAAGACACAAUUUACCCAGAGCUCAACCUCAAGAGCUAUCUAGACUGCAAGUCAGAUUUAGCCCUCCCUACCAUUAGACGCAUUCUCUGCAGACGUCCAACGGAUGAGGCUUUGGAAUUGGAUCGCUCCCUGACAAAAGCUUCGAUGAAUCAUAAGACUUCAGUGGCAACUAAACAUGAAGGGUCAAGGACAAAGCAUGGUGGCCUUUCCUCUGCUGAUCCACAGAAACCUCUCAGGCAGUACCAUCCACAUCCUUGGCUUUUGCCAAUGGAGUGGGAAGACUAGAGAGAUUCCAGACAUAGCUCACAAAGUCAGUUUUGUAGCUGACAACAAUGAAAGACUCUUUUUGAUCCUUUCUUUUCUCCAAACCUGCCUUCACAUGAUGUAUUUAAUAAUUGUUAAUUAUGCACUCUCAGAUAUGUACGUGGUUAUAUGCAAAUUAACUCUGGACUAUAAUAUAUUAGUAAAUUAUGUCAUUUUGUUGCUUUUAGACGUGGUUUACAGCAUAUUUCUGGCUGACUUUUGGAUCAUCGAUAGCUCCUCAAAGUAGAUGAGGACAUAUUUUACAUAAGAUAUGUUGAGAAAUUGUGAAGCUGAAAUAUUUCUCCAGUUUAAUGACUUUGCAGUUAUCUUCGUAAAGAUGGUUUAUAGAGGUGUAGUCUUCUUUGGGUUCUCUAACAUUUUUUGUGACUUUUGGAAGCAAAGCAGUAAAAAGGGCUUGGAGUAAAAUGCUACUAUAAAAUCAAUAAAAUCAAAAUGCUACUCUCAAUAAAAGCACCUUAUUUGAAUGAAA